AUGGCAAGAUCCGAAGUUUUCUAUAUGGAUGCCCAUUCGGAAUCCACGGAGACUAGCCUCGUCGCGAAGAUGACGACGGUGUUUGAUGCCGCCGGGCUUGAUGAAAUGAUUAAGCCCAACGAUAUUGUGGCUAUCAAGAUUCACUGCGGCGAGUGGAACAACACGGCGUAUCUGCGACCCGUCUAUGCGCGGGCGCUCGCCGACCGAAUCAAGGAGCUGGGCGGACGACCGUUCGUCUGCGACACGACGACCUCCACCUACUCGCCAUGGGGUUCGCGCUCCAGCGAGUUGGACAUUCUGCUGACGGCAGAGCGCAACGGCUACAACUCGGCGACGCUGGGCUGCCCGUUCAUCUGCGCGGACGGCUUCAUCGGCACGAGCGACUUCCGCGUUGACAUUCCUGAAGGCUACCUGCUGAAGGAAGCAUAUGUCGCGCAGGCGAUCGCAGCGGCGGACGUACUCAUCGCGCUGACCCACUUCAAGGGUCACGGCAUGGGCGUCAUCGGCGGCGCGCUGAAGAACCUCGGCAUCGGCGCACAGUCGAAGCGCGGCAAGCUGAACGUCCACAUGGGCGGACAUCCGAACUACGGCUAUGGCGCGGCGGCGAUAUUCCAUCCUGAACGCUUCCAGGGCAAGGAGAACACGCCCGACUGGGAGAUUCUAGAGGACUGCUGCCCGUUCGACCUGUAUCACAUCAACGAGAAGGACGAGCUUGAGUGGGACCGCGAACGCUGCACGACCUGCCUGGGCUGCUUCGGCGUUAUGGGACCGCGAGGUCUCGCCGAAAUCCCACCCGUCAACUUCGACGCGGUCGAUGUCGCCAUCGCCGACGCCUGCCUGGGCGUUGAGAAGGCAGUAGGCCGCGACAAGGUCGGCUACAUCAACCUGGCUAUCGACGUCUCACCGAAGUGCGACUGCGGCAACCAUUCCGAUGUGCCGAUAGUACCGCAUCUGGGCGUGUUCGCCAGCACGGACGCCGUCGCAAUCGACAUGGCGUGCGUUGACAAGGCGAAGGAGUCGCCGGGCAUGCCGGGCUCAGCGGUCGAGAUGAUGGAAGCGCACCAUCCGGGCGACAACAAGUUCGAAGCCGCCGCAGCGACCUUCCACGGUCAGAGCGAGGUUGCGAGCAUCAACACCGGUCACGAGAUCGGUCUUGGCAGCCGCGACUACACGCUGAUCGAGGUCGAGCCGCAGUCCGCGGAGAGGCACAAGUUCCCGUAUGACCGCAGGCCCAGCCGCCAGCGGUUCAAGGAGCGCUUCGAGAAGUUCCAGCCGUUCCCGUAUGACAGGCACGACGGCAAGGGCUUCGCGCGCAACGACGUUGUUGACUUCGACCGCGUGAAGAGGCACUAUGACCACUCCACGAACGGUCACCAAGAGGAAGUGGAGAUCAGGGAGCUUCAGCCGGCCGACGACGACGAAUAG